AUGGCUCCCGUCUUAGACUCUGUGCAAGACAGCACGCUGUCACCCACCUUCGCCGAUUUCUUCACCAAGCAGACACAGGAAACGCUCUUUAACACGCUCAUGACCAAUCUGUAUGGAUACAAGGCUGUGGAAAUCAAAGGCCACGUCGACACUGUUCUCGCAGAGUUUGCAGCGGAGAAAGAAAAGGGAUCACAACUGUUCAGAGACCGCCAAAUUCAGGAGGCCCGCGUCAGUUGGCAGGAAGCGGUCUACGAAUUAGAGAAGUUGCACCAGUCCAGUUCUUGGCCAAACCUGGUUCGCCGUGGAGGUGAUCAAUUCGUCUCGCAAAUCGCUCCACUAUACUUUCUUAUGCAACUCAACAUUGCCCACAUUCAGAUCGCCAACAUGCAGAACAUGGAUUUUGGUGCCGAUAUCAUGGCUGAGGGCGCGCUCAAGUCUGCCGUCCGGUCGAUGAAGAGAGGCUUCUGGAAAAUCGACUACAGACACAAUCCAUCCGUCCAGCAUCUCGCCAAGCUGCGCUAUCGGUACGCGAUGUUUAUGAGGUUGGAAGCAAGCCCCCAGAAUGCAGAUCGCGCUCUGAGAUACAUCGACGGCGCCCUUCGUUUACAACCGGGCGACGCUGCGCUCGUGAGAGAGCGUGAGAACAUACUUGCGUGGAAAGGACAGCUCUAA